CUGCGGGAAGGCGCCACAGCUGCCAUCAGCCCCCACAUCCUGAGUGCUGAGGACGAGGACUCCCCGGUGGAGGAGGUGACCUACUCCAUCCAGCCCCCAGCCAACGGGAAGGUUGUGCUGAGGUCCACGCCUGGCGCUGAGGUCCGGCAGUUCACCCAGGCUCAGAUAAACAACGGCCUCGUCCUCUUCGUGCACCAAGGUAGGGCAGUGCUGAGGUGCCCCGGGCCCCUGGCGUCACCCCCAGCCCGAGGGAGGGGACACCACCAGAGGGGAGCUCUGUGCCCCAGCUCUGUGCUUUCCUCAGGGCCCCUGGAUGGGGGCUUCGCCUUUGACCUGUGGGAUGGCGAGAACCUAUCUCCCGGGCACUUCUUCCUCAUCAGGGCCCAGAGAGAGCCCGUCAUCAGCCUGGCCAAGAAGCAGAGCCUCACUGUCUGCCCAGGUGCCCUGCAGCCCAUCACCAGCCAGAACCUGCAGGCAGUGAGCAACAGCCCUGCCAGCUCCACCACUCUGUAUUACAGCAUCGAGCAAGCCCCACGCCUGGGCAGGCUGAGCACCUUCCAGGGGGAGGAAGUCAGGAACUUCACCCAAGCCCAGGUGGACAGUGGGUUGAUUUUCUACCAGCAUGAGAUGCCAGAGAAGCCCUUCUGGCUCACCCAAGAUGCCAUCCGCUUCCGCGUGGUCGCUCCUAUGACCAUCUCAGAUUCCUUCAUCCUCCUUGUGCUGAUCUCCUUCGAGGCCAGGUGUCCCCAGCGCUCAACUCAGCUAUGGAGAAAUGCAGGUCUCCAGCUCACAAUGGCUCAACGGGCCAAGAUAGGCACCUCAGUGCUGGAUGCUUCCAACCUCCUAAGCCAAAUCCCGGCCCCUGAGAGGGCUGCACAUGAUGUUGUCUUCCUGGUGAUAGAGCUGCCAGCUCAUGGGCAGCUAUUUGUGGCUGGUAUGCCCCUGGAGCGGUCACGGCCAUUCUUCCUCCAGUCAGACCUGGCCACAGGGCGCCUGGCAUAUGCCCAUGGUGGAGAUGGUGUCUCUGAUGACCAUUUCAGAUUUAAGGCUUGGCUUCGGCCCCGGGUGCAGCAGUCCAUCCGUCCUCCACAGGAAGGGGUGGUCAUCUCCGAAGCUUUCAAUAUAACAGUGACCAGGAGCGGCAGCAAGCCACCACAGGUGGUAAAGCAGCAAGAAGUGCUGCGGGUCCCACUAGGCUCCAUGGUGACCUUGUCCCAGGAGUACCUGGACGUGGCAGACCCAUCGGGGUCCCCAGAGGAGGUGGUGUACAGUGUCCUCCAGAGACCUCUUGCUGGCCACCUGGCCAAUGCACGCAACCCACAGGAGCCCAUCAACCGCUUCACCCAAGCAGAUGUCAACACAGGCCGCGUGGUGUUUGUUGCCACUGGGAGCCAUGCCCCAGUGUCCUUAGCCCUGAGCCUCUCUGAUGGCCACCACCUGCCCACCUUGACCUCACUGGAGAUCGAGGUGCUGCCUGCGGUGAGCACUGCUGCCAGCCCGGUGCCACUGGAGGUGCCCCAAGACCUGAACAGGGCCUUGGUGUCUCACCAUCACCUCCUGGGAGCCUCACAGCUGGGGGCAGGCAAUGUGCUGUACAGGAUCACCAGGGACCCAAGGUUUGGCCAAGUGCAGGUCAACCAAAAGCCGGUGCGGGGCUUCUCGCAGAAGCAGCUGGACCAUGGGGAGGUGAUGUUCACCUUCACCCGCCUCACCUCUCCUGAGGACAACUUCCAGUUCCUUGCCAUGUCACGGGCAGCCAACAGAACCGGGGUGGUAAACGUGACCGUCCGCGCCUUGGUGAAGGCUCAGCCAGGCAGUGUGUGGCCCAAGGGCACCACGGCACUCCUAGACACCAGCAUCCUCGACGCCAGUGAGCUGGCCAACCGCACAAAGAGCAUCCCAGUCUUCAAGAUCCACAGGGCGCCCCAUGGCAGCCGUCUUGUGAGUGUCUCCAGGGACCCAGGACAACCCACCACCCCAAUCGAGACCUUUAGCCAGAGCGAGCUGGAGCAAGGGCUGGUUGGGCUGGAGGUGCUGGACGCUGGGGAGAGUGACCAGCCCCUGCAGAGUGACAGCUUCAUCUUUGAGCUGACAGCUGACAGCGUGCCACCAGCACUGGCAUCCCUGGGGUACAGCAUUGAGCCCUACAAUGCCUCAAAAGCCUACAGCGUCACCCUACUCACAGCCCCCCUGGCACCCUCACCCCAGGGCACAGCAUGGAGCAGCCCCAAUGCCAGUGAGCUGGGCAUGCCCCCCACUGUCUGGCUGGGCCCCAGUGCUACCACUAGCCCCAGUCCCACGGAGGGGGGCACCUUCCUCAGCUUCAUUGAGGCCAACAUGUUCAGCAUCAUCAUCCCCAUCUGCCUCAUCUUCCUCCUGCUGGCCCUCAUCCUACCCCUGCUCUUCUACCUGCACAAGCGCAACAAGACGGGGAAGCACCACGUCCAGGGCACAGCCUCCUCCAAGGCCAAGAAUGGGGCCGUGCCAGACCAGGAGACCUUCCGAAGGACGGACCCCAACCAAGGCAUCCCCCUAACGACUGUCAAUGCCCUGGAGGGCAAGGGCACAGGUCCCCCGCCCCAGGGCAUGGGUCCUGGGGCACCACCAGACCCCGAGCUCCUCCAGUACUGCCGGACUUCCAACCCCCCCUUGAAAAACAACCAGUAUUGGGUGUGA